AAUGGUAAUUUAGAAUACCUAUGAAUUUAUGAAUAAUUAAGCGAUGGCGUGUGUUACGAGCAAAAGUCUUCAUUCACAAUCCUUCCUCUCUGAAGAAUCCAUUUAUCUUCUUGCUCGUCUACGGUUCCUCCUUAUCCUUUCAUCUUGUCGGUCUUUACAAGUACUUUCUCUCUUUUUAUUUUUCUGUCAAAUUUCAUCUUCGAUCUGUAUUGUCGAUAAUUUGUGAACUUAAAUUUAGCCAUCGAUUCCGUGCUUGAAAUUCAUACAUUAGAUUCUAGAAUUCCGGGAUUGAAAAUCUGGCGGGAAUUUUACCGGAUCGAGGUGUGAUCGCCGAGUUUUAGCGAACUAUUCGGAGACUUCUGUGACGAAUUUCGGUCGUGAUUCGGCCUAAUUUUGGUAUCUAUAAAAGGACACGAGAUGGGGUCUUUGCAAGGACCAGUUGUUUGCCCUACUUUUCGUGCGAAGCAAGCAGGGUUUUGUUCUCUGCCAAUUAAGCGUCCUUUGAUGGCUUUUAGUUUUCGAAGAGGUGAAUUUUGGGGAUUCACAGGGAUCAACGGUUUGAAUGCUAAGUUUCCAGCUAUGUCUCGCAAAGGUUGUGCUAGAAAAUGCACGACAGUGCGUUGCAGCUUCAGUUCAUCAUCUGACGACAAUGGAAGUACAGCAGAGAACUUCAACGAUAAGGACGAAGAGUACGUUGAAUCGAGUGUGGUUGAGGCUGUUGAGGUGAAAAGUGGUGCGGAUGGUUUCAUGAUUAAAAUGAGGGAUGGUAGGCACUUAAGGUGUGUUCACAACAACCCUCACGGUGGGCAUCUGCCUGAUUAUGCUCCACAUCCCGCAAUUGUGUUGAAGAUGGAAGAUGGAACUGGUCUUCUUCUUCCCAUAAUCGUGUUGGAAAUGCCAAGCGUUCUGCUCAUGGCUGCUGUGCGCAAUGUUCCAAUUGCCAGACCAACCAUGUAUCAAGUGGUGAAAGAGAUGAUUGACAAGAUGGGUUAUGAAGUCAAACUUGUAAGGGUUACCAAGAGAGUGCAUGAGGCAUAUUUUGCCCAGUUAUACCUCUCAAAGAUUGGUUGUGAGAAUGACUGCCUCAGCUUUGAUCUUCGACCUUCAGAUGCAAUAAACAUUGCAGUCCGAUGCAAGGUCCCAAUUCAAGUGAACAAGUACCUUGCAUACAGCGACGGUAUGCGAGUUGUUGAAACUGGGAAGUUGUCAACCCAGACCCCUGCUACGGACGGUUUACUAUUCACCGAACUGGAUAGGCCCAGUGGUCAGCCUUGUGUGGAAGCCAAAGAGUUUGAUCUGGUGAGGAAUAUGCUGAUUGCUGCUGUUGAAGAGCGCUACAGAGAUGCUGCUCAGUGGAGGGACAAGCUCAAUCUGCUUAGGGCUAGGAAGAAUUUGGCGUAAGAGCUCCUGGAGAACGCAUACCUGUACAUAGAACGAAAUUGUUCGUGGCCGAGGCCUGGCUUGCGUCGGGAAUCUAUUGCGUCUUGCCUCUUCUACUUGCAUUAUGUAUUUAGCAACUCUGUGAAUAUAGAUAGGACAUGGUGGAGUCGGGUCGUCAGAUGUGUUCUUGGUGAAAUGCAUGACAUAACCAAUUCCUUUGAUGCUUCACAAUCACAAUGAUAAAUUUAGCAGUGAACAACAUUGGCGCUGCUUAUAUCUUGCUGGCUUAUGGUC